ACACUUUUUUUUUUUUAAUCAGAAGCUGUGGAGACGAAGAAGAAGAAGAAGACAUUGUCUCAAUCAAUGGCUCAAGCAGCGAGAUUAAGCAUGAGAAUGCACAAAGAGGUGAAGCUUCUCCUCUCCGAUCCACCUCACGGCGCUUCGUUUCCACAUCUCUCUUCCACCGCCGCUGGCUCCGGCGAUCUCUCCACUUUCUCCACCAUCGAUGCUCAAAUCGAAGGUCCUGAAGAUACUGUAUAUGCUAAUGGAACCUUCAAUGUGAAGAUUCAAAUCCCUGAGAGAUAUCCAUUUCAGCCACUAAUUGUGGCCUUUGCUACUCCGAUUUAUCAUCCCAACAUCGAUAACAGUGGCCGGAUUUGCCUUGACAUCUUAAAUCUCCCUCCCAAGGGGGCUUGGCAACCAUCUCUGAAUAUAUCAACAGUAUUGUUGAGCAUAAGAUUGCUGCUUGGUGAACCGAAUCCGGAUGAUGGUUUGAUGUGUGAAGUAAGCAGGGAGUAAAUAUACAAUAGACAAAGUUUUGAUUAUAAGGCACGAGAGAUGACUGAGAAGUAUGCAAAGGUUAAGAAUGAUGGAUGCAGUACAAGCCUCCAAAUUAAGAAUCGUGGAGAUGAGAAGGCUUGUGGAAGUGGAAAUAGUAGUAUAGCUGGUAAUGACGAUGGGAGUAAGCUGAAGUUGACAGUGGAUUCCUCCUUGAGGGUAGCACAUACUUUGAACAGUGAUAAUGCAGCAAAAGAUCAACAAGAGGAUAGAAAUGGGAAAAGAAAAGCAGCGAUUGGUUUUUGCGAGGCGAAUACAUCUGGUAACGAUGGGAUAAAAACGAGCAGGAAAAAGUUAUCUCUUGCCUUGCCUCUGCAAUCUCAGACGAAAGAGUUGUGCGGCGAAGAGCUCGCAAAUGCAGUUGUUUCAGCUGUUUGCAAAGAAAACAAGAAACCAAAUUCAAACGGAAAGAAGCUUUCUCUGAGGGUGAAGCAACCAUGUAAUGACACCUUGGCGAGUUAUCAAACUUCUGCUGCAAAGAGUUACAACCAUAGACAAAGCCGAAAACUGUCCUUGAGACCACUUGGAGAGUUCACUGAAGUUAGCAAAACCAAGGUACCUUCGCAAACUGAAACGGAACUAGAAACGAAUCAAAACGAAGAUUCAAGAAGUUGGCGAGGUGAGUUUGAUAACUCGGUCUUGGAAGAAACAUCCAUUGUUCCAGACAGUGAUGAAGAAGGAGAAGAGAAAAUCUCUUCAAGGUCAAGAUUAUCAUUAGCAAGAGGAAGAAGCCUCAAGUGUAGACCUCUUCCAUAAAGCUUAUGAUUAUGAAUUUUAAAAACGAGUAAUAUAAAGUAAAGUCUCAAGUAUCAAUGGAUUAAGUCUUAUUGAUAAGAGUAGAUUAGAGAAUUGCACUAUUUUAAAUUAGAAACACCAACAUUUG